UUUUAAUAAUCUUGUGCGAGGAAUACAAACAAGUCGGCUGUGUUAGUCGACUAAUAUUUGUUCUAGUUUGAUGGCCAGUAUGGGCAUGCAUUUCGCGCGGUGUGUGGAGGCCCGAGUUGGACUCUGAUCGGCAUAAGAAGCACGCGUUUCGGUACAUCCUAAAAAAUAAGUACUUUUUUAAAAGACGGAAUUAACUUUUUUGUCAAGAGUCAAUAGUUUUUGCUGGCCCUAGUAACAAGAUGAUAAUCGUGGCGCUGCUGAUGGCGGCGGCGUGCGUAUACUGGGCGUGGUGCGCGGCGCGUGCGCAGCGUGCGGAGCGCAUGACGGCCGCGCUGCCCGCGCUGCCCGCCCUGCCUCUCAUCGGCCACGGCGCGCUCUUCCUUGGAUCCACGCAGAAAAUCCUUCGGAAUGUGGAAGACAUAGCAGAUUUAGCAUUUAAACAUAAAGGGGCGGCGAAACUGUGGCUUGGCCCCAAAUUAUAUGUUGCCAUCGGUAACCCGGUGGACGCCCAGUACGUUCUGGACAACUUCUUGGACAAGGAUAUCGUGUACAGGUUCCUGCGACCUUGGCUCGGACACGGGCUGUUCGUAGCUCCUUUGGCCCUAUGGAAGACACACCGGAAGGUUCUACUGCCGGUGUUCGCGAAUAAAGUGGUUGAAGAGUACAUGGGUGUGAUCGCUGAGCAAGCUGGCGUACUGCUCGACAGACUGCACGAGCGAGCCGGCAAGCCGGAGUUCGACGUCCUCCCGUACAUCACUGCUUGUACGCUUGAUAUUGUAUUUGAGACGGCGAUGGGCGAGCGCAUGGACGUGCAGCACUCACCCGACACGCCGUACCUGCGCGCGCGCCACACCGUCAUGGAGAUCCUCAACCUGCGCCUCUUCAAGGUGUGGCUGCAGCCUGACUGCCUCUUCAACCUGACCCCCUACGCCAAACAGCAGAAGGACAACAUCGAUCUCACGCAUAAAUUCACUGAUGAGGUGGUAAAAAAGAGACGACAGGAGUAUGAAAUCAGGAAAAAUAACGACAAGAGUACAGAUGGUCAACCAACCGGCAAGCUACGCGCAGUCCUCGACCUCCUCUUCGGCCGGGAGAUAGAGUUCACAGACGAGCAGCUGAGGGAGCACAUCGACUCCAUCACCAUCGCCGGCAACGACACCACGGCGCUCGUCAUCGCCUACACGCUUGUGCUGCUCGGUAUACACCGACACGUCCAGGAGAAGGUGCUGCUUGAACAAAGAGAAAUAUUUGGCGAUUCAAAAAGAGGCGCGGUGAGGGAGGAGGUACAGAAGAUGCAUUAUUUGGAGAGGGUGAUCAAGGAAAGCAUGCGACUCUAUACCGUGGUGCCGAUCAUCGCGAGGAAUAUCGACAAGGACACUCAUCUACCGGGUUGUCAAACAACGAUCCCAGCUGGCACGGGUGCUGUGGUGGGAGCCUUCGCGGUGCACCGCUCCAAGGCGGUGUGGGGCCCUGAUGCGGAGGAGUUUGACCCGGAUCGCUUCCUGCCCGAGAGAUCUGUUAACAGACACCCCGCCGCCUUCCUGCCCUUCAGCUAUGGAGCCAGAAACUGUAUAGGUCGUAAUUUCGGAAUGUUGAUUAUGAAGAGCCUGAUCUCGAGCGUGGUGAGGUCGUACAAGUUGGAAGCGGACGAGGUUGGACCUCUCAAGAUUGAAAUGCUCCUCUUCCCUAUCAAGGGGCACCAGAUCAGAAUACAAGCUAGAUAAAAUGUGAAAAUGCAGCGCUUUUAGCCGUACUCAUUUAUUUAAUUAUGUACCUAUAAAAACCUACAUACCUACACAAAAUAAUAUUUAGGUAGACUUAGACUGUUGUCCGUAGAAUAUUUUUUACAUUAUUCCUUAUCAACCUCUCAGUUGGUUUUUUAUAGUCAUACUAUUAUGUUUGUGAUAUUUUGAACUAAUAAAUAAAACAUAGUUAAA